AUUUGUGACAUUACUGAUUAAUCGACUUUUCACGCCGCGGAUUACAUUAAUCAUCCAAUAUUAACACCUGUCUCGUUGCGGUGUAUCACAAGGAGUGUUACAAACGUUAAAAGUGGUGAUGGAGGAGGUGCAGCAGACCAGCACUAAUGGUACAGAAUCUCAGACAGUCAAUAAUCCAGCAACCAUCACAGCAUCUCAGAUCUCACAGAUAACACAUCAGAUGACCCUGGGAGGAGGGUCCCCUGUGACUGUGGUCCAGUUGCCCAGUGGUCAGUUUCAGGUGCAGGGAGUGAUCCAGUCGGCCCAGUCUUCAGUCAUACAGUCUCCACAGGUGCAAACACAGGGUCAGGGCACAGACAGCGAUGAGUCUCAGGACUCCACAGACAGUGGAGCCUCCAACCAGAAAACCCGAGACAUUCUGGCACGGCGCCCCUCUUACAGGAAGAUUCUGAACGAGCUGUCGGCUGAGGAGGUGGCAUCACGCAACGAGGGAGAGGAGGAGAAUACAGCCUCCACCGCCAUGACAACCGUAUCACUCCCUGGCCCUAUCUACCAGACCAGCAGCGGUCAAUACAUUGCGAUUGCAGCAAACGGUGCUCUGCAGCUGGCCAGUCCGGGGUCAGAGGGAGUGCAGGGUCUCCAGACUCUAACAAUGACCAACUCCAACCCCAGCCAGCCCACCAUACUGCAGUACGCACAGACCCCCGACGGCCAACAGAUACUGCUGCCCAGCAACCAGGUGGUCCUACAGGGUGCGGGUGGUGAGAUGCAGACGUACCAGAUCCGCUCGUCUUCCUCUGCUCUUCCUCAGGCCGUCGUCAUGUCACCGGUCAUUAAUGCCCAGGGCAAGAGUGACGACCCACAGAUGAAGAGAGAGAUUCGUCUGGCCAAGAACAGGGAGGCGGCGCGAGAGUGUCGGAGGAAGAAGAAGGAGUACGUGAAAUGUCUGGAGAACCGUGUGGCUGUGCUGGAGAACCAAAACAAGACUCUUAUUGAGGAGCUGAAGACGUUAAAGGACCUCUACUGUGUGAAAACGGCUUAGCCACGUAACCAUGACAACCAGACUGGUUCCAGCAGCGCCGCCCUGCUGGACGACAGAGACACACACACACACACACACACGUAACCCCCACAACGGACUGCUCCCGCCUUUUUCUACUAACGUCCAAGACAGAUAGACAGACAGAGAGAGUGUUUUCUGCGUGUUGUCUUUUUAUUGCUGAAUUAACAGAUGUUUAUAUUUGUAUGUAUGUAUCUUGCGCGGUUUGCGUAUGAACACAAACACUGGGAACGUGAGCUUUAUCAGUGAUCUGGUUUUUGUUUUUUAUUAUUUCGCCUUUUGUUCUGUUUUUACUUUGACAGCGACGUUUCUUCCUUUUAAAACCCAUGAGCUGAGCGCAGUAGCAGCUAGCAAUGUUUUAUCCAGUCUAUGGAAUGCCAGCUAAAUUGUGUGUGCGUGCGUGCGUGUGUGCGAGCGAGUGUGUGUGUGUGUGAGAGAGAUUACUGUGACCAUGUUGUUGUGUCCUCUAGCUUGAUUUCAUUGUUUUCUUUCACAUUUUUCACUUUUACUUUUCCCCGUAAAAACAAAAAAGAAAACAGCGUUCCAGUAUAUCCCAUUCCACAGGUCCGUGGCUGAGACCUGUACGGGCCGUGCUCUCGAGACAAACGUGUAGCCGAACGCCGGGGCCUGCAGGCUUUUGCUAAGGCUUUGUCUUUUUCGAACUUUAAUUUUUUACAUUUUUAUUUUUUUAAAUUCCUAAUGCUGCAGCCGUAUUAUGACUAAUAUGAUAACGGCGGUUUAGUCUGAUACGGCGCUUUAAGACAAAUCUUUGAAGAUGUGGCCGAGACAGGAGCUGGAGGUACAGUCCAGGGUGAGGCCACUGCCUGUGACUGGUGUGAAGUUCAGGGUAAAAGUCGCUAGUGCUAACGGAUUUGCAAGGCAAGAUUUGGCUAAACUACGCGGGGCUUUAAGGCUAAUAGUUGUCAACAUUAGUGCGAGAGUGGAGGUGUGGCCAGAGCGGUGCCCAACACUACAUUAUGACUAAAGAUGAAUCGUGACACAGGCCGUGGCCCCGGCCUGGCUAAACCACAGCUGAGGGUCAGGCGAAGGUGUACUUUAGCAGAGGCUGCAGUGCGGGGCAUGCUAGGCCGAUAUUAAACUGGUCAAUGGAAGGCUAAGGCUGAACGGUGGCUGAAGCUGUUACUGGGACAAUCUUUAUCAGGGAGCACACCUGCAUCUCAAAAGUGCUGGUGACCAUGUUUUUGAAUGGAAAAUAAAUAAAGUACUGCAAUCUCAUUUGUAAGUGAAUUCAAAUAAAUAUUUUUCCAGCCUUUAAGUA